AUGGAGCUGAACGGGCAUUACAGCAAUACCACGGGAGAGUUCAUCAUGCUUGGCUUUUCUAAUCUGCCAAAGUACGAGAUCCUUCUCUUUGGGGUGUUUCUGGCCAUGCAUUUGGUCACACUGUCAGGUCACCUGACUAUCGUGGUGAUGACUUUGGCUGAUCCCAUCCUCCACACGCCAAUGUAUUUCUUCUUGCGCAACCUCUCCUCCAUUGAGAUCUGCUAUACACUGGUAAUUGUGCCCAAGAUGUUGACCAACUUCUUGGCCAAGAGCCGGAAGGUCUCACUGCCUGAGUGUGCAGUGCAGAUGUAUUUCUUCAUUGCCUUGGGAACCUCUGAGUGCUUCUUGCUGGCUGUGAUGGCCUAUGACAGAUAUGUGGCUAUAUGCAACCCAUUGCGCUACACCCUUAUCAUGAGCCGAGGACUAUGCCUUCAACUACUUGUGGUGGUUUGUGCCAGUGGCUUUGUGCUCUCACUGGGACUCACUGCACUGAUAUUUAGGCUGCCCUUCUGUGGCUCCCAUGAAAUCAACCACUUCUUCUGUGACAUCCCACCGGUGUUGUUCCUGGCAUGUAGUGACACCCACACAGAUGAAGUUUUGGUUUUUGUUGCAUGUUUGCUGGCUCUUCUGGUCCCCUUCCUGUUAAUCCUGACUUCCUAUGUGUUCAUUGCCAACUCAAUCCUGAGGAUCAAAUGUUCCCAAGGCCGGAAAAAGGCCUUCUCCACUUGCGCUGCUCAUCUGGUUGUGGCUGUUCUCCACUAUGGCUGUGCCAUUUUCAUCUACAUCCGGCCAAAGGCCAGCUAUUCUCUAGAGCAAGACAAGGUGGUCUCCCUGAUCUAUACUAAUGUUACCCCCAUGCUAUAUCCUAUGAUCUACAGCCUCAGAAACAAGGAGGUCAAGGGAGCAUUGAAGAAGGUAUUGGGGAGAAGGGUCUCAUUUCAGAAAAACAUGAGCUUUUGA